CCAUCUGUCAAAACGUUGGUCAAACAGACACAGGGUCGAGGUUACUACAGAGAGGGGAUCGUAAAAGCACUUAGCUCGGAUAGUUCAUGGAGGUCGUGUAGCUACUCUAUUCAUACCUCAGUGAUUCUAACGGCCGCAACAAGGAAAUAUUAGCUAGUAAGUUGAUAGUACAUUAGCCUAGCUACGAGACGAAGACUGUUGCCAACUAGCGCAGCUGUGUUUCAUCAAACUGUGUAAGUGGCAAACGAAUCGGCAUCAAAAAGUAUUAAUUAACCGAUAUUUGACACUCUUAAUCGCAAAUUUGUACUGAAGAGUGGUGAUGGACUUUCUCGCUGGCUGCAUUGGCGGUGCUGCCGGAGUCUUAGUAGGGCACCCUUUUGACACGGUUAAGGUGAGUGUCUUAGUAGGGCACCCUUUUGACACGGUUAAGGUGAGACUCCAGGUUCAGAAUGUGGACAAGCCUCUCUACCGCGGGACCUACCACUGUUUCCAGUCCAUCGUUCGGCAGGAGUCGAUGUUUGGGCUGUACAAAGGCAUCGCCUCCCCCAUGAUGGGCCUAACCUUCAUCAAUGCCAUAGUGUUUGGAGUGCAGGGAAACGCUAUGCAUUACCUGGGCCACGACACCCCUAUGAACCAGUUCCUGGCCGGGGCCGCAGCCGGAACCAUCCAGUGUGUCAUCUGCUGCCCCAUGGAGCUGGCCAAGACACGCAUGCAGAUGCAAGGCACUGGGGAGAAGAAGUCCAAGAGGAAGCUGUACAAGAACUCCCUGGACUGUCUGGCCCGUAUCUACAAGCGGGAGGGGCUGUCGGGGGUGAACCGUGGCAUGGUUACCACGCUGAUCCGAGAAACCCCCGGUUUUGGGGUCUACUUCCUGGCCUAUGACGUCCUGACUCGCUCCAUUGGCUGUGAACCUGACGACCACUACAUGAUCCCCAAACUGCUAUUCGCCGGUGGGAUGUCCGGGAUUGCCUCUUGGCUCUCCACCUAUCCAGUGGAUGUGAUUAAGUCCCGCCUCCAGGCGGAUGGGGUGGGUGGGGUCUACCAGUACACCAGCAUCGCUGACUGCGUGCGGCAGAGCGUGAGGAGGGAGGGGCUCAGAGUGUUCACGCGAGGUCUUACCUCCACCCUGCUCAGGGCGUUUCCCGUCAAUGCUGCCACCUUCGCCACCGUCACGCUGGUGCUGCUGUACGCACGGGGAGUGGAAGAGGGGCCCAAAGACUGUGAGCUGGGGCCCCCAAACACAGCUCACCACACACAACUACCGCAGCAGACCCAGGCUUCCAGCUUGUGAUCUGAGUCUGGAGGUGUUACUCCCACCAAAGCUGCUCUACUGUGGGGUGGGGGAGGGAAACCCAUUGGGACCCAAUGCCCUUUGAAUCGCUGAGUAUGGAAACCCAUAGACUCCUGAUAUAGCUAUAUGUACACUACCGUUCAAAAGUUUGGGGUCACUUAAAAUUUCAUUAAAAUCACAUCAACAACAAAAAAUCCAUUAAAAUCA